AUGGCAUCAGACAACAUUCACAAUGAUAAGUCGCAGGAUGAUCAACACCAAGAACUGUCCCCGGCUCAGCAGCCGAAGCCCUAUCUGUACGGGUGGCGUCUCUACUUGGUCCAGUUCAGUCUAUAUCUGGGGCUCGUCCUGAGCAUCAUGGACUCGUCUGCUGUGUCCACCGCCCUCGUCACCAUUGGCGACCAUUUCGAUGACUUUACACGCAUCCAAUGGGUAGUUUUAGCCUACAUGUUGACCUAUCUUGGCUUUGCCUUGACAUUCUCGCGAAUGAGCGAUGUCAUUGGUCGGAAAUGGGCAACUAUCACCGCCCUUGUUUUUAUCGGCGCAUUUUCAAUAGGCUGUGGCUGCGCCCAAACCAUAGAGCAGCUGAUUGCCUUUCGUGCUUUGCAGGGUAUCGGCGGCGCCGGCUUAUACACAAUGGCUAUGAUUGUCCUGCCCGAGGUCACUCCCCCGAAGAAUAUUCCUUUGAUGAGCGGCUUGAUCGGUGGCGUAAGUGUUGUAUCGGCGGUAUUGGGACCGGUUGUAGGCGGCGUUAUCACGACCCGUUCGACAUGGCGCUGGGUUUUCUGGUUCAAUAUCCCCGUUGCUGGAUUUACUCUGGCUCUUAUGCUCCUUUUCUGUCCCGAUUUCAAAUACCAAGGACGUAUGAGCUGGAAGCAGUUUGACUUUUUCGGCUGUAUGAUCUACCUCGCAACGUGCGUCCUAUUGAUCACCGCUCUCCAGGAAGCCGGUGCUGGUACCAUAAACUGGGAUUCGGCUGCAUUUAUUGUUUGCGUGAUUCUGGCUGGCCUGACAUUUAUUGGCUUUGCCUUGUGGAUCACAUAUCUGUCUCGAGGUACCCAUUACACGAUCCCGCUAUUUCCGGCACGCAUCGUCAAGCAUCGCAUUAUGUUUUCGACCAUAAUGGUUUCUACUUGUGUUGGCUUUGUGUUUUAUUCAAUACUGGUGCAGCUACCAGAACGAUUUCAGAUAGUCAAUGGAGACUCUGCAGAGAUGUCUGGCGUUUCGCUUUUGGCCCUCUCAGGCCCAUCGGCAGUUGGCUCAUUCCUAGGUGGCGCGUUAUCCAGCAGAAAAAACAACACGUUCUACACUAUCAUCGCCGGAUGCAGUUUUAUCCUGUUGGGCAAUGGGUUAUUUCAUACAAUCGGACCUAGCCAUUCCAUUCCGGCUAAAAUGUAUGGAUACGAGGUUAUAAUGGGCGUUGGCUUUGGAAUGAUCUUCUCCACCACCACCGUCUUGAUUAAGCUACACGCCGAACGGGAAGAUACCGCAUCGGCACAAGGCCUCAUGUCCCAAGGCCGCCUCCUCGGGGGCAAUAUCGGCCUAGCAAUAGCCACCAUCGUGCUCAACCAACAACUCAUCUCCGACCUAAGCGGCAUCGUGCCACCAGACGAGAUUGACAACCUCCGCCAUUCCCUGCUAGCCAUCUCCUCACUUACCCCCGAGCAGGCGGAAGUGGUACAACAGGCGUUCGCGGAUGCUUUUAAGACGCAACUCGUGAUCAAUAUGGGUGUUGCGGGCGCUGCGUUUCUGUUCGCGCUGGGCACAUGGGAACGACAUCCAACCACUUUUGCGCAGGUCUUGCAGCGAUAUGAGGAUGAUGAAAAUGCUUCUAUGGCAACUGCUGCUGUUCCUGGUCAGAGUGACGACAGUCCCAAUUCCCCAAGUAAAGAAGAAUCUGCGUAG